CUCAUGACCUCAAAUGAUCCUCAUGCCUUGGCCUCUCGGUGCUGGGAUUACAGGCGUGAGCCCGCACACCUGGACUCCAUAAAUAUUUGAUGUUUUUGUUCCUCUAAACCUUGCUCAGUAAGUUCUGAAUGAAUGAGUAUUUUGGCUCUUGGCUGCAAAUCAACCUGCCCUGCUGGUUUUUGGUUAUCACUCCACGAUCAGAGAGAAGCUGUCAUCGCUGUUACCUUCUCUGGAAUGAAUGCAGAUGGGCCUAUUGAAAUGAUGGAAAUGGAAAAUCAGGAAAAGAAAAGAGAAGGAAACUGUCAGUGCUGAAGAGGCUGUGGAUGGAAGGAUGUGUCAAUAAAUGGCUCAUGGACUUUGCUACAGCUUCUUUGGGAAUCCAGUUGACACCAAAUUUCAAAUUUGCAGAACCCACUUCUAGUCAUUUGUUUUUAGGAAAUGAUCAAAGGUCUGCACCUGUGCACUAAGAUUUGACCACAAAGUUGCUUAUGGCAGAGUUGUUCAUCACCUGUGUUUCAGUUAGUUAAUGCUGUGUAACAAACCACUCCUAAACUUAGGAGUUUGAAACAACCACAGUUUAUCAUUUCUCAUAAUUUGAGAAUCUGGACUGGGCUCAGCUAGGAUUUCCUGGGGCUGGAACAUCCACAAGGAACAUUCUCCACUCACAUAUCUGGAGCCCCAGCGAGUCCUCUCUCUCUCCACGUGGCUGCUUGGGCUCCCUCACGUUCACCAAUAUCCCCUUCCUCAUCUUCGGGCCACUGAUGAUACUCCUGAUGUACCCCUAUGCCCAGAAGCGCUCCUGCUACAUCUACGUUUUCUGGGUCCUCUUCAUGAUCAUAGGUCUGUUCUCCAUGUACUUCCACAUGACGCUCAGCUUCCUGGGCCAGCUGCUGGACGAGAUCGCCAUCCUGUGGCUCCUGGGCAGUGGCUAUAGCAUAUGGAUGCCCCGCUGCUACUUCCCCUCCUUCCUGGAGGGCAACAGGUCCCAGUUCAUCCGCCUGGUCUUCAUCACCACCAUGGUCAGCACCCUCCUGUCCUUCCUGAAGCCCACGGUCAACGCCUACGUCCUCAACAGCAUCGCCCUGCACAUUGUCUACAUCGUGUGCCAGGAGUACAGGAAGACCAGCAGUAAGGAGCUUCGGCACCUGAUUGAGGUCUCUGUGGUUUUAUGGGCUGUUGCUCUGACCAGCUGGAUCAGUGACCGUCUGCUUUGCAGCUUCUGGCAGAGGAUUCAUUUCUUCUAUCUGCACAGCAUCUGGCACGUGCUCAUCAGCAUCACCUUCCCUUACGGCAUGGUCACCAUGGCCUUGGUGGAUGCCAACUAUGAGAUGCCAGGCGAAACCCUCAAAGUCCGCUACUGGCCUCGGGACAGUUGGCCCGUGGGGCUGCCCUAUGUGGAAAUCCAGGGUGAUGACAAGAACUGCUGAGACCUGCCAGCCUCUUGACUAUCUAACCACCCUUCAACUUGCCUGUGUCUUGAAAAGAGAGCCCCGGUCAGGACUUACGCCAGAGGGACACUCGUGGUUCCUUCCUCUGUUUCCCCUUCCAUGUCCUCCUUGUCCUGCGCUGCCCUGUCUUGAGGCCGAGGAUGUACUUUGUGACAUCUCUGAGCAGCAGCCUGGUGACUGUGGGGGGCUGUCUUGCGCAUCUGCCCUCCAUGACCCCCCACACCCUCUUUCAUUUCCUCCUCUGUGUCCACAGCCUCCCAGUGACCAUUGUCACAUGAGCUGGUGGGGCUGAGUCACCAGGUACUGGGGUGACUGAAGGAUGUGGUAUCUAAAUAUUAGCUUCCAGGCUGGGUGCGGUGGCUCACGCCUGUAAUCCCAGCACUUUGGGAGGCCGAGGAGGGCGGAUCACCUGAGGUCAGAAGUUCAAGACCAGCCUGGCCAACGUGGCAAAACCCCAUCUCUACUAAAAAUACAAAAAUUACCCGGGCAUGAUGGUGCACGUCUGUAAUCCCAGCUACUUGGGAGGCUGAGGCAGGAGAAUCGCUUGAA